AUGGAGUCCACCACAGCAAACGAUGUGAUUAGAGAACUGGCUAUUAUGUUCGGAAGGUUCGGCAUCCCAUCGUUUAUUAGGGCAGAUAAUGCUCCUCAGUUUAGUGCUGAGUGCACAGAGUUAAAAGAGUUUUGUGAGUCAACUGGAUUCAAAAUUGUGAAUACAAUCCCUUACUGGCCCCAGUCGAACAGCGAGGUAGAGCGGCAGAAUAGAUCAAUUCUGAAACGACUCCGUAUCGCACAGGAGUUGUGUUUGGAUUGGAGAAAGGAAAAGCGUGAUUACAUAUUGACGUAUCAUUCGACGAAGCAUUCAUCUACAGGGAAACCACCGGAAGAACUUAUGUUUGGAAGGCGCAUCAAAAGCAAGGUACCAUCGAUCAUGAUCUUCAACGAGGAUGGCGCAGUACGUGAGCGUGAUGCAGUGGUAAAACAAAAAGGAAAGGACUAUGGAGAUGGUAAGCGAAAGGCCAAAAGCUCCAAAAUUAAGGAGGGUGAUACGGUACUGGCGAAACGUAUGCGGAAGAGUAAUAAGCUGGAUACUAACUUCAGUAACGAGGAGUACAUCGUGCAGAGCAAAGUUGGAUCUGAUACAAUUAUAAAAUCUACAAGCUCUGGUAAAGAGUACAGGCGAAACUCAGCUCAUUUGAAAAAAGUAUUAGAGAGCGUUGAAAAUAAAGAUUUAGAGGAUCCGCAAGAUGGCUCCGUUUCCGAACCACAAGUCCGAGAUGAUGAUCCUAUCGAUCCUUCUUCUGCAGGAGUACACAUGAAAAGAAUACGAAAAGCUCCCAGUAAAUAUGAUGAUUAUAUUGCUCAUUAA